AUGGCAAAAUUCACUGAUGUUAUUCAAGGUAGGAGAAAGGUGGAAAAUGUUCGGUUACUUGAUCGUUUAUCUUCAAGGAAAGCUGUUCUGGGAACCUUGUAUUUAACAGCUACCCAUGUCAUAUUUGUGGAGAAUGGUUCUGAAACCCGUAAAGAAACCUGGGUUCUCCACAGCCAAAUUUCCUCUAUUGAGAAGCAGGCCACCACUGCCACUGGUUGCCCAUUGCUGAUCCGCUGCAAGAACUUCCAGGUCAUCCAGCUGGUCAUCCCUCAGGAACGAGACUGCCAUGACAUUUACAUAUCUCUGAUCCGUCUGGCACGGCCAGUGAAAUAUGAAGAGCUGUAUUGCUUCUCAUUCAAUCCAAAAUUAGAUAAAGAAGAACGAGAACAAGGCUGGAAGCUUGUGGACCUCAAUGAAGAAUAUAAUCGGAUGGGCGUUCCAAACAACUAUUGGCAGAUUUGUGAUGUAAACAGAGACUACGGAGUCUGUGACUCCUAUCCUACAGAAGUGUAUGUACCAAAAUCUGCAACUGCACACAUCAUAGUGGGGAGUUCUAAAUUUCGGAGCCGAAGGCGUUUCCCAGCUCUUUCCUACUACUGCAAGGAUAACAAUGCCUCCAUAUGUAGAAGCAGCCAGCCUUUAUCUGGCUUCAGUGCUCGGUGCCUUGAGGACGAACAGAUGCUCCAGGCCAUUAGAAAAGCAAAUCCAGGAAGUGAUUUCAUAUACGUUGUUGACACUCGGCCCAAACUCAAUGCUAUGGCAAACAGAGCAGCAGGGAAGGGAUAUGAAAAUGAAGACAACUACUCCAACAUCAAGUUUCAAUUCAUAGGCAUUGAGAACAUCCAUGUCAUGAGAAAUAGUUUGCAGAAAAUGCUUGAAGUUUGUGAGCUGAAAUCACCUUCAAUGAGCGACUUUCUAUGGGGCCUAGAAAAUUCUGGCUGGCUGAAGCAUAUCAAAGCCAUUAUGGAUGCUGGCAUUUUUAUUGCAAAGGCUGUGGCUGAGGAAGGUGUGAGUGUGCUUGUUCACUGCUCUGAUGGCUGGGAUAGGACAGCCCAGGUUUGCUCUGUAGCAAGCCUUCUAUUGGAUCCAUAUUACAGAACUAUGAAGGGAUUCAUGGUGUUAAUUGAAAAAGAUUGGGUUUCCUUUGGUCACAAAUUUAACCACAGGUAUGGCAAUUUAGAUGGCGAUCCAAAGGAGAUAUCACCUGUUAUUGACCAGUUCAUUGAAUGUGUUUGGCAAUUAAUGGAACAGUUUCCUUGUGCCUUUGAAUUCAAUGAGAGAUUCCUCAUCCACAUACAGCAUCAUAUCUAUUCUUGCCAGUUUGGGAAUUUCCUGUGUAACAGCCAGAAGGAGAGACGAGAGCUGAAAAUCCAAGAACGAACAUAUUCAUUAUGGGCUCACUUGUGGAAAAAUCGUGCUGAUUACCUGAAUCCUUUAUACAGGUCAGACCACAGUCAAAACCAAGGGACCCUGCACCCACAGAUAGCUCCAUGCAACUUCUUGUACAAGUUCUGGAGUGGUAUGUACAACCGCUUUGAAAAGGGGCUGCAUCCUCGACAGUCAGUUACUGAUUAUCUGAUGGCAGUGAAGGAAGAAACUCAGCAGUUGGAAGAAGAGCUGGAGGUCUUAGGAGAGCGAUUGGCGAAUCUUCAGAAAUCACAAUUAGGUGAUAAUAAAGUCAAGAGUAAGCAACAAGACCGAAGCAAACAGUUAAGGCUGUCUACUUCCAACAAUAGCUUAGCUAACACUCCCCAGGAGUAUAGCAACGAUCUGAAGUCAUUCCCAUCCUGGAGUCCUUCACAAGGGGAUGAAGAAGAUUCUGCCCUGAUUUUGACACAGGACAACCUGAAAAGUUCUGAUCCUGACCUCUCAGCCAACAGUGAUCAGGAGUCUGGUGUGGAGGACUUAAGCUGUAGGUCCCCAAGUGGAGGUGGCUGCUUGCCUAGUGAAGACAGUGGCAAGGACUCUGAUGAGGCUGUAUUUCUGGCAGGCUGAAACACCUUCACAGCAGCAAGGAUCCAGAUGAAGUUGAGUCUUACACAGUCUGGAAUGACAUCUUUUCAUCAGAUGAAGAAUGGAAGUGGUCUGUAGCCUAAAGAAAUAAUCCAAAGAAAGGGAACUGUGCAAUUGUGUAAGUAAAGAUCUAAGCAGAACAAGUUCAUUAAUUUUAAGACAUAAUGCUAAAAAAGGUAAUAUCUGCUGUUAUAUUUAGUUAAGCUAAUGUGAUAUUUGUUUUAUCAAUGCUGUACAUAAUUAUUCCUUACUUUGUACAUUUCCAUAAUUAUUUAUUGUACAAGAUAAUAGUUCUUCUCCAAAGAUGUGAAAUUCCAAAGUACUCUCUUACACAAGGUUGAAGAUGCAUUAGUGUUAGCCUUACUGGUGAAGCUGUCAAAACUUAUUUUUGUAGAGUUCUUCUGCCUUCAGACAUACUAUGUAUAUUUUUUUUUUCAUAAGAGGUGUUAAAUUUUGAAUUCAAACAAUUAUUUUGCAUAUCCUCCUACUAGAAUUCUUUACAGCAAAGUAAAACUAACAAAUUGACAUGCUGGCUAAGGGGACAAAUGAAGCUUUGAUCCUGAUAAAAAAAUCCUUUAGUAAGCAGUUUCUGCUGCUGCAUGUGAAUUCAUCCCAUUUCUACUUGGUUCUCAAGCAGUGUUGAAAGUUCAGUAGUUUCUGUGACCAAAACUUCAAAGGAAUAUAACAGUAUUCACACAGCCUUUGUGCUAAAGCAUCCCUUUAUAACAAAAGGUACAUUAGGCAGUUUACUCUAGCCUCUUUAUGUUUAGUUCUCAAGUUUGUUUCUAUCUUACCCUAGUUCCAAACCACCUACCUAAAAUUCUAAAGGUAGUAAAAUCCUAAAUUCUCCAGCCUAUUCUGAUUCCUACUUGAAAAUGUUUUAUUUGAGUUGAGUGAGAUACAUAUACAGUGCAGAGGAUAGCGAAUAUAAAACCACUUACAGAAAUCACUUACGAAAGCAUCACUUUGAAUUUGUAAGUAAAGGAAGGUUAUGCCCAUAAAGGAACUGUUAUAAAGAAUGUUCCUUCCAAAUUCUGUUGUUCAAAAUAAACUAACCAUUAGCAACCAGUUUUUCUGUCUUCACACAAAAUUUCCCUUUUAGUAUUUGCCAAACUGAAGAGCAUGGCAAUACUAAUUUAAGAACUGAUUCAACAUUUACCAGGAAGUUUAAUCUUGUUAUCAUAUUUUUAAGAAUAGGAGUAAUAGUUUUCAUAAUCAUCAGUACAGAGGUAAACAAGUGAAAAAUGUUUAAAAUUUGGAAUGUCUUGAAACUCACUAAAAAGGUGGCCAAAUUAGGCUGCAAUUCUUCCAAGUUUCUUUUUUAUUUUUAAAAAUUAGUUAAAGCAAGCAGUUAAAAAUAUAGUUCACAUGACUGCUCUUACCUGCUUGGAGACAAUGUGGUAUUGAACUCUAGUAAAGCAAAGUGGUAGUAAUGUAAGUUUACUUUGAUUGCAUUUCACAUUACUCCUCUGAAUACAGACUUACAGACAGAGUUGUAUUAUAUAAAUAUGCUUCAAUUUAGAAUUGUUAGAUUUUAUUACAUUUAUGGAAUGGUUUUCAUUCUGUUCUGUGAACUUACAUUAUUAAAAGUGAGUAUGUAAACUUCAGUAUUAUUAAUAUCCUCCUAAGGGAGCUGCUGUCUUUGAACAAAUAAUUCCUAACAGCAAGGUUUAUCUUAAUGUUAUAGUGGAAAGGCCAGAUCCUCAAUUUGAUAAAUCCCUAUAGCUCAAUUCAAAUAAAUACAACUCUAAGGUAUACUCUGUUGAGAAUCUAGCCUUCUGUUUUUAAUCUUUAUGAAUUUUUAAUAAAUGAAAUCCCUGAUUUUAAUUGCACUUUUAAAAAUGUUUUGUAUUUUGAACAUAGCCUGUAAAGUUUAUGUUAUUAGAGACUUUGAAUGCACUUUCUCAAACUAAAGAAAUAUGCUGCAAAGUCAGAAACGAAAACAAACCACACAAAUAUUCUACCUAAAAAUGAGUUUGAAAAUGGGCAUUGUUAUUGCACAUCUUUAAAAUAUAAAAUUAUAUAUGAUAUUGUGUCCUAUUAGACAUGUCCAGAAAUAAAUGCAGAACAGCAAGAUACGCAAAUUCAAAGCACUGUCUUUGUGUCGCUUAUGCAACUCCAUGUAACUAGCUUUACAACUAAAAUAUUAACAUAUUAACAUUUUCUUUAUCAAGCCUUCAUUUAGCAGCCCUCUGUGAUGUGUCUUUCAGCCUUUGAAAUUUUGCAUUAGCUGCUACUGUUUUCACUGUACUGCAUGUAUUUGUGGCAUUAUCAGGCUAAUGAGAAACACUUUCAAAUAAACACUUAGGUGUGAU